UUUCGAAACGAUUUUUUGGUUUCCGAUCGAUUCUGUCCAUGUGCAUUUCCGACCCUAGAAAAACCGUCUGCGGACUUCGUGCCGAUCUUGCCGCCCUGUCGUUCACCUACGCGUGGAAUGUCCUCAGAGCGAAGCGGCGCGUGUCGUUCGACGCAGACGCGGCAGUUCGUGAACUUUCUGUGCUUUGUUAGUGAACGAUCAGACUGUUUGUGGUCUCCCGGACCUCUUCUCAGCUCACUCGUAGUUUCUCUCAACUGAGGUUUUCGUCGACCUCACACCCUGGGGCAGCGGGUCGCGAUGCGAAAACGCGAGACGGACAGCGCUUUGCUAUAUAGACCCUCUCGGAGCCCGGCGCAACCGUGUCUUUUUCCUGUGCCGCGAAAGGCGAGGUGUUGCGUGUAGACUCCGUUGAGAAACAGUUCUGGUUUCAGCCAGCGUUUCUUUUUUUGGCUCGGCUCAGCCGACACACCGACUCGCCGCCCCUCGUUCGCCUCCCGGUGCGGCGCCUCGACUCAAAGUCGCCACGGCCGGUGGAGAAAUUCCCAGCUCUGCCCACGUAGUUCUUUUUUCCACUUCUUCCCUCCGCGUACACUUUCGGGGAGUACGGCUCCGUCACCUCGCGCUGAUCUGGAAGGUCCAUCACGGACGCAUGUGCGCCCCCACGCGAAGGAGGCUCGACGUGGCGAUAAACGGCGUCGUGGCCACGGGAACUGCUUUUCCUAGUUCGUCAUCCACGAAGUGGCGUUAGUUCUUUUGUACGCGCGUUUUUCCUUGAAACCGGCAACACCUCCGAUCCUCCACUACCUUCUCGCCCCCGGUACACACUCAAGUGACCGUGUCGUCGUGUAAAUACGUGGCGAACUGGUCCGAACCUUCCACACAAACUGUGGGGUUCGUUGGACGAUUCUUCGGUUCGGAGACUUCGCCUCCCGCGCCACGCAGGUUCAGCCGCUACAACGCUUCUAGGUGGCUUGCUGGAGGGCUGCUGCCUUCGACUGUGCGGGUUUUCAGGUUUACCGUCGAGAGUUGCUUCUUGAGCCUACACCCGAGUCCACAGAGUCCACACAGGCAGCAGCUGCCGCCGACAUAGGACGCUUUCACCAGGUGCUGAGACAGAGAAAUCGCGAAAAAGCGACGGUCAACGAGUUCGCCGGUCUUCGUUUCUUGACAAGGUCCACGAAAAAAGAGGAAGGUUCUGCCCAGGUCCACUCCUCGGCGGCGACAACUUCUGCAUCUUUCUAGUGUUCCAGCAUUUCAAGCGCUUUCGCCGCCAUUCCGUGCCGGUUUUUUUGGUGGUUGUCUUCCGUCCCUUCUCUUGUCUACCUCACCCCUUCCUCGUCUCCGUCUUACCUCCCUCGAGGGUCUUCUGUCUUUGUGACCUCUGACGUUCCCCCUCCGCAUCUUCCCCAGUUUUUCGUCUUUGUCUCGGCGCCUCUGCCUGCUGCCGUGAUUUCUUUUGGUCGUGUUUCGUUUUCUCUGUCGCGAUCGCUCUCUGCCGUUCUUUCUCUCUCUGCCGUUGUUUCCUUCCGGCUCUUCGCUCUGUCGUUAUUGCCCUCUCUGUCAUUACUACCGAUAUUCCCCGUUGCCACAGGCGUCAUCGGGGGGUUUAACGCUACCUCUGCGUUUCCGUGUCCCAGAAUGGAGUUGUUUGGGGAUCAGUACAUUCGCAUCACGAUUGCGCUGCCCGCCUUCAUGGGGGCAUGCUCUGCCUCUUCGUCUGAGAGCAAUGGCGCCACCGCUCUGCAGACGACGGGGAAGGACGCGGUUUCGGCAGCCGUCGUUGCUGCUCCAGGGCUGCACUCCGACAUGGUCCCACUGGGGAAGCUGAGGGCGUCGACGUCUGGAGAAAACAAGAAAGAUGAAGGCCUUUACACACCGCCGCGCGCCUCUGAACCGGACUCCGCGGUUCCGGACUACCUAUCCGUGGUGGCCGAAGUGGCAUUUCACGAGACGGUUGCGGAACUCCGAUGGGUCCUCCUUGAGCUUUUGCCUUCCUGCUUCUUCACGAAUUACGACGUCUUCUUUCGAGGGAAGAGGGUAGACGAAAACCUCCCUUUCUCGGCUCUGUCGGUGGAGGCCGACGACGUUUUUCACUUGGUCCCGCUGCUGUACGACGAGAAGGCUGUCCGCAUCCACAUUCGCCGCUUCCAAGAAAUCGCUCUCAACGCUUCCGUGCUGCUCAUGCGUCGCUUGCCAGACCCGGCGGACCCUGCAGGUCCUUACGGGGCUUUCCUGAAACCGCUGGUGCUUCUCGAGCAGCCUCAAGAGCUCGCGUUGGAUCUCGAGUGGAUGGGAGACGGCCGCGAGGAAUCUCCCGCCUUCCUCGAGCUUCCUGGUGACGACGAAGGGCGCGAGGAACUCAGCGACGCGCAGGGUGAGGCGGGACCGCUUGCGGGAAAGAAGGCGACACGGACGCAUGCAGCGGGUGGAAGAAGGAAGCUCAGGACCCGUGGGGGCGCCGGGCGACGAAGCGAAGUCGCGGGGUACAGAGGAGACGAGGAGACUUCAGGCGACGGCGCGGGAAAGCCCGGCAGAGGAGGUGGACAGAGGGAAAAGCGCAUGCACUCAGGAAACGGCGAGAAGGUACUAGGCAAAGACAAAGAUAGAAAACCAGUGAACCUCACGCAGCUUCUGUUUCGAGACCCGGUGUACGGCGGAGCUGCCCCGCAGACUGGCGGUGCAGACGAGCAAGGACCAGGAUCGCGAUGUGAUGCCUCAAGACCAACUACGCGGAAUGCACAGAAAAUCUCAAACUUCCUUCUCCACUCACCCGUCACACUGGAGCCCAGAAAAAAGCCGAAAUGCUUCACUUCCUUGAAGACAAGCGACUUGAGUCCGCCUCCCCCUAGUCGGCGUCUGCAGGGGGACCUCUGGUAUCUGGAGUUGUGCACGUUGGAGAAUCAGAGACUCGCCAUCAUUUGCCGAGAAGACGGCUUUCUCGUGGCCUCUGUCACGGCCGCAACAGAUGCCUCAGGUCGAUCUCUCGAGACACUCUUCCCACGAAACCGCCUCGUCUGUCCUCAGGGAACGUCGGUGGCGGUCGACAGCGAGCGCGGCCGCGCCCUAACAUUCCACACCUUGAGCGAUCUCCUGUGUACAUACAGCCCAGCAUACCGGGCAGUCUUGCCCUCUCUCGCGCCGGAGCAACUCGACACAGAUCUCCCGUACCAUGUGAUGCCGACUCUGCAGGCUCGGAACCACUUUUUGGUGGCAAAGGACCAGACACACGACCCUGACAGCAACCGCUUGGAAGAGUAUCUCGAGAAAGUGUCUGGCAUUGAUCCCUGGGAGCCAGAGAGGCAGUGGAACAACGAAGUCGAGGCGCUGCGCCGCAUGCGCGUCCACUCUCUCCAGGACCACAUCGACUUCGAGAAGGCUUCCUUCAAGUUGUUUGUUGAGUUUCAACAUUUCGCUAUUCAAGCAGCGAUGAACGUUCGAGAAGGUCGUCUAGGUGGAGGUAGUUCGGACCCUCCUAGUGUCUCUUCAUGCGCGGACUCGGCGACUUUUUCGCCUUGCAUGCACUACGGGGCAUCGCCCGUGGGAACGGAUGAAGACGUUUCUCAGACGCGACAGCGGUGCUGCGGUAUAGUGUCCGCAGAGAAGGGUAGGGUUCCGGCCUCGCCGUCAGCGCUCCCUGCCAAAGGGGAAAUCAUUUUCCGAGGACAGAUGGCCAUCGAGCGCGCCGCGGAUCCGCCGCUGCCUCUCGCGGAGACGCAUGCAGGGGAGACGACGGAGGAGAGUUCGACGUCUGGUCCGCGAAGCCGAAGGAGAGACAGACGCGAACUGAAAGCUGACACUCGAGGCUACGAACUGUUAGAGAUGAUGAAUGCGUACCAGCGGCAACGAGGGAUCGAGCUCGAGCGGAGAGAGCCAGAGGCAACCCAAGACGAAGAGGGCCAGGCGCGAGAGGCGAGGAAGGAAGCCCAAGAAAAGCGAAUAAAGGAGACAGACAAAGAAGAACGAUCGCUGGACGGUGCGUGGCAUCUCCAGGCGCCUUAUCCGCUCCUCAUCGACUACGCAGGCUGCCGUCUCCGCUGCCAGAGCGUCUCCCCACUACAGCUGCUCGCUGCGCGAGCGCGAGAGCGGAGAGAGGCUUGGGGACAUCUGUGCAGAGACGAGAGGGUGAAGGGCCACAAUGGAGAGAAUGCGGGCAGAAGCGGCAAGAAUCGAGAGGAAGAGACGCUCCUGCAGCACGAGGAAGAGCAGGAAGUGAUAGAUGCACCGGCGCUCAAAUUGCUGGAAAGCAGUGUCUUUGGAGGCGUCCUGGGACUGAAGACACACACCAUACGAAACCCGGCAACAGGGAAAAUGGAAAGGCGUCUUCUCCACAGCGACGCAGAUGUGGUUGCAGAGGCGAGCGACAACUGCCUUCAUCUCCUGAGCCUCGGGUCUCUUUGCCCUGUGGACCUCUCCAGCGCACUUGAGUUGGAGAGCUGCGUCUCUUCCGUUUCUUCAAUGGAGAAGCAGACGGCAGAGGCGUCUGCUCAGAAAAACGAGAAAGUCCGAGGAAGAGAGACGUCCUUCGACCGACUGAGACCCGAACUCAUGAGUGCCUUUCUCCAGUUCCACCGACGCAGAGAAGAAGCGAGGAGCUUAGCUUCGCAGGCUCGACAGGCACGUACAGCAGACACUGAACAGACAACGGACAGAGAGGACAAGCAUGCUAAGAGAGAAGCGAAAGGCAAAGAGACAAAACGGCUUGAUUACAAGAGAGAGGAGAAUGAAGGACGCGUUGAACGCGACGCUCUCUGCGAGAACGGGGGGGACGUGGAAGGGAAGGACCUGGCUCCGCCGCCACUCUCGCGCAGCGACGUGGAGACCCCUGAGACCUCAGCUGCCGAUACAACUGAGGGUGGCGUGGCUAGCGAGCCGGUUUCUGCGGAGGCGAAAGCUUCUUCACCUUCUCUGCUAGAGGGGGAAGGGCCUUGCGCAGAGACACCGAGAGACUUGACUGCUCUCUUGCAAGAGGAGUUGCGGCUGCGACUCGAGCAUGAGGUGUAUCGACGCGUGCCGCUGCUCCCUGCGUUCUUCUCCGCAAUGCAAACGUGGUACAAACCGGAUUUGGAACUUGGCUUCUUCUACCAGACUGGGUCGCCACACGCGGCGCAUCUUCGCGAGAAGACCCGCGAGGCAACCGCCCACAUUCUCUUCAAGUGUCUCGACCUCACGCGGUCUCAACAGCAUGCAGCGGUGCUGGAACACCGGAAAGAGUAUGAAACGCUGCGCCGGGAACUGGCUGCUCGCGGGGCUCUUCUGCCUUCGGAGACCGGUGAGGGCGGCACAUCUGCCGCAGACGAUAAUGCAGAAGCUCGCGGAGACCGGAACUUGGCGGAGCAUGCAGUGGCGCCGCACACAGACGCGGAGAGGCGAGAAGAAGCCCUCAAAGCCGAGGGUCGCUUAGAAGCAGAAGGUGCGGGUAAAGAAGCUGAGGGCGAGGACCUCAGCUCCUUUCAGCUGACGGAGGAAGACGGGCGGAUGAUGGAACUGCUAGGCCGAGACGUGAGUCUCUUGGAUCCUUCGCUGGACCUUGAGGAGCGCGCGCAACAACUCGCGGAGCAGGUCUGCAGCCUGACAUUCUCUGCCCAGCCGGGUGCUUCCUCUCCAGAGGAGGAGGCGCAGAAACCCGUAGGCGCGGUGCCUCGCUUGUUCAACUUGAAUCUCGAGCGUGGCGUGUCUGCAGAGGCUGUCUCCGGGGGUCACGGUGUCACGAAGACGUGGACAGGUUCGAACCGAACAAACUGUUUGACAGACGAAGCGGUUCUGGCUGACGCAGCAAAGUAUCUGCACGGUGUGGCGGUGCCGCUGGUCGCCACGCUGCUCGGCCAACACCUCUGCGUGACGCCUCUCGAGUCGGAGUCGCUGAAAGGCUUCUUCCACGCCUUCGGCGUGAACAUGCGGUACUUGGGAGCCGUGACGCACAUGAUCGAGACAGGCCGCGACCUAGAGAUUUCGCGGGAUCCGGCGCUCGACGAGCCGGUGACUCACGUCGGUAGUCUUGCUGUACGUACCCUACAACUCGAGAUGACGAUUCGGGCGGCCAAGCACGUCCUUGCGGCGUUUUUCGCGCCGCUGCGUAUGGGCCACCUCAGCGCGGCAGUCGCGCAUCUGCUCUCCUGUCUCUUGUGUCCGCCGGGAGUCGAGUAUCCCUCCUCGCGCUUCCCACUGCCUGCGGCGGUCGCUCGCGACUCGGCGGCCCGGCUCGGCGGCCCAGCCAGCGACGCUUCGGUAGACGUACACUGUGCGGGGCUAGCCGACUCGCGCCAGGACCGCGCGCUCCGCCAUCUGGCACAGCUGACUCCCGACAGCCUCUGGACGCUGGUGCGCCGCCGCAUGCAGAUACACUUUGGUUACACCGCGCCCGCAAACCGCGCAGACUGGCGCUGCUUGUGCAGCCCGAGUGGGCGGUACGUGGUGCUGCGGGGCGUGGCCAGCGCCCUGGGCAUCCAGCUGAAGGCCGGCAGUCCGCUCUUGGGCGUCUUGGGCGCAGUGUCACUGUGGGAACGGUGGGGCGGCGUCGACGAGGCGGAGGGCCCUGAGGAAGGGAAGGACGUGAGCGGGAAGUCGCAGUUGAAGGAGACACAUUCCGGAACAGAAGGCGCAGAAGGAAGCAAGGCUGCGCGUCGAGAGGGACGCGUCGACAAGAAGGCAGCGAUGAAACGAAUCGUCCUCGGCGACUCCGAGGUAUCCACGGACGUGAUGACAGAUGCGGACCCCGAUUCCCCGGUCUCGGUCUCGCGUGCGGAAGAAGUCUUCAGAAGCGAAGAAGACACAAACGCGCAUGCCGCCGUGACUGCAGCGAAGCCUUUGCGGUCACCGGAGGGACGGACAGCCACCCUGGGUUGCCGCCGACUUCCGGCGACUUCGCCCUCCAGCUGGCGCGCGGGCGGACCUGCAGAGGCUCCAACCGCGAGUGUCUGGAAGCCGCUGAGCACAGAGAACGUUUCGCAGAUCUUCCCAGUGGUGAAGCGAGAGCCGGUCGUCUCCCACUUCGCAAGACACCUCCUCGCUGCCGCCACUCAGUGCUACGUGCUCGGCUGGCUCGAUGUCGCGCAUGAGCUUCUUCAGCAAGUUCUCUUCGUCGUGCACCAACUCACUGGAUCCAUUUGCAGGGAGACGGCGCUGUGCUACGCAGCGAUGGGCGAGGUUGCGCUGUCUCUCCAAGACUUCUUGAACGCAGCGAACAACUUUCAGAAGGCGCUGAUUCUGACGGAGCGCUGCGUCGGGUCCGACCACCCCGACACGAUCGACAUCCACGCGGGACUCGGGCGGACGCUGGUCCACUGUCCUGGACGCGAGUUCCAGGAGCGCGGCUUGGAACACUUGCAUCGCGCCAUCGAGCUCCGCCGCUUGUGGACGGGCGACGUGGCCCACCCCGAGACGCCGCUCCUCCUCGUCACCGCCGCCAAGUGUCUGCUCAAAGUCUACGGCCCCAAGUGUGCGGCGCAGCUCCCCGAGUACCUCGACCGCGCCAUCCUGCUCGCUGGCCGCGUCCGCGGAGUCGGGCCACAGUUCGUCGCAGAGAUGCACAGCGACGCCUCGCAAAUUUACCAGAUUGUCGGAGAUUUCCGAAGUGCCUUGGAGCACUGCCGCAUCGCAGGGCAACUGGUCGCAGCCGACCCUUGUGCCGACGGCGAGAGAAUGCGGGAACUGGACGAGCGCCUGUUGUUCCUCACUCAGCAAGCAGUGCUCGUGGCAAAGAAGAGACGACACGAAAACGUGCAACGUGCCCAGCUGCUGAAUCGCCUACGAACGGCGGUGACAAUGAAACGCCAGAGCAACAUCGUUUCGGGAUCUCCAGGGUUCCGCUUCCCACGGGGUUUGGGGGUGACCGGGCUAAUGGCAUGAGGACUGGAGAAAGGGUUUCAAAAUUCUGUUGAUUUGGGCCAUAACGUCAGGAACGCAAGUAUGCAGUUUUCUCGGGUUUUAUGUUGUUCGAGUUUCACUUAAUAACCGGCUACACACAGGACCACACGGGGACAGACUGUUUUCUGUUCUUCUACGAAACAACAGGCGCAACGUGUGGAGGAAAGGCAAGUUCUGACACGCGCCUAACACAGCCUCACUUGUCACUCCUUAUGCAUGUGCAUAAGUUUUAUUUGUUUUCCAGAGGUACAGUUUUGUUUGUAAAUAUGCAUGGAUCUUAGUUGUUGUCGCAAAACGGAUUACGAUGCACAGUGAUAGGAACACGUCAAAAUAUGUCUUCCGUAUGGUCGACAUUAUACAUUCAAGAAAACGAGGUGCCCAGGUUUUUUUCACGGCUGUCACGUAGCCUCCUCGUCGACAGACGACAUGUAUCCAGUGAGGCUGAGUCCUCCGGAAAGAAGCUUGUGGAUGGACAACUUCAUUUUCUACAGUUUUGCCACAGGCCGCGCAACUUAUCGUUUCUUUUGACAGAGAGGCUUGCCUCGUAAUCCGCCGCGCCACAUGCGUUCUGACACUCAUGGCUCCGACUUAAUCCCCACACACUGCGUUCGACUACUGUCUGAAAACUCAAACGAAACUACAUGGAACUUCCACUCCGCAUGCAAAUGCGUGCUGUGUCCUGUCAACAGUACUUGUAUAAGAGAUUGUGCAAGGAAUCGGAUGUCCGAUGGCGGCCGCAUCGGCACCACAUUCCAUCCUUCAGUUCCAAGAGACAAACAUACAAUAUCGUGACAUGCGCCGCUCCGGUUUGCGCCGAAGUGGCAAAGGCCCAGAGGUCGGCGGUGGCGCUGAAAAGUUGCCCGAGGGGUCUGUUAUUUCUUCCACCCAACUACGUAGUUUCGUGUCCAGCACUCGUCUAGAAUACAAAGCGCCAUUCGCGUAGAGACUUAUGUUCCGGCGUCGACCCGUGACACUCCACCUCUGGCCCAAAAACACACAACAGAUGUUUUGGCCGAUCAGAUCGUUCUCCGGUCUUGCCGC